CAUUUACACUCAUCACAUACAAAUUAUACUACUUACUCACCAUGGAAGAGUCAAAUGAGUGUGUCUGUAAAGUUUCUGUCAAAGUGCCACCCUUUUGGCUUUCAAAACCAGCCAUGUGGUUUGCCCAUAUAGAGACCCAGUUUAGAGUACGUGGCAUUACUGCGGAUCAAACCAAAUAUGACCAUGUAGUGUCUAACCUGGAUUUAAAGGUAAUGUUAGAGGUGGAGGACAUAAUCACCACUCCCCCACAAGAGAACAAAUAUGAACAUUUAAAAGCAGAAUUAAUAAGGCGACUUUCGGUGUCUGAGGGACAACGUGUCCGUCAACUAUUAACUGAAGAAGAACUGGGUGAUAGAAAACCAUCCCAGUUUCUACGGCACCUGCGCUCUUUAGCAGGAAAUACAUUGACUGAUGAAGGCAUUCUCCGACAGCUGUUCAUGCGUCGACUUCCUCUCCACUUGCAAACCAUACUAGCAGCCAGUGCCGACCCACUGGAUGAUAUUGCUAUGCGUGCAGAUAAAAUAUUGGAGGUCGCUCCCAGCAUCACAGCAGCACCUACACAGGUAAGUGUGAAUGCUGCUGCUGCAUCAGGCGCACCAAAUGAUCCUUUGGGCCUCCAUGCUUUUGCAGCCCAGAUGAAAGAGUUAACAGUUAACAUUGCCGCCCUUACUAAUAAUUCACGCUCCGGGCGUAACAGGAGCCGCAGCAUUUCAAACAGACGCUCUCGUUCUCCGUCUAAUAGCGACGGACACUGCUGGUACCACCGAAAAUUUCAGCACAAGGCCACGAAGUGCACCAGCCCAUGCUCCUGGAAGCAGGAAAACGGAAACGACAGGCAGUAAUGACGGCUGCUGACUGUCCAUCUUCGGGCCGCCGUCUAUUUAUUACCGACAAAACCAGCAAGGUCCGCUAUCUACUGGACACCGGAUCGGACAUAUGUUGCUAUCCUCGAAAAUUUUUUCGUGGGAAGAUUGCUCCCAGCGAAUAUCAACUAAGCGCAGCCAAUGGUAGUGCCAUUAAGACCUACGGUACUCAUAGUCUGAGUCUCGAUUUUGGGCUGCGAAGGGAUUUUCGCUGGCAAUUUGUGGUUGCCGAUGUGAGCAUCCCCAUUAUCGGUUCAGAUUUUAUGGCCCACUACCAUCUUCUUCCCGAUUGCCGAAAUAGGCGCUUGCUUGAUGGUGUAACUGGACUUGCAGUUCCCACAUCUAUAGCAUUUGUCGAUCAGGAUUGUGUUAAAGUAAUUGUGAACUCCGGAGCUAGGUCUCCCUUCAAUCAGAUGCUUACGGAAUUUCCCACCAUUACUCGACCCCCUGGGAUCCAUAGGAAAAUUAAGCACAGUACGGUGCAUUUUAUAAAAACUACUGAAGGGCCUCCCGUAUCUUGUCGCCCCCGUCGCCUUGGCCCCCAGAAGCUUUUGGCUGCGAAGAAGGAGUUUGGGGACAUGGUCAGAUGUG